CAAACCAAGUCUUUCUCCUAAAGAUGAAGACUGCACACACGCUGCUCCUGGCAGUCGCCUUCCUCGUGCUGGCAUCAGAGGCUGCAGUGAAGGCGGACAAUUGUGCAGCGUCACUUCACAAGACGCCGCUACCGUGUGAUCAGGUAGGUUGCCUGCACAUUUGCCGCGAGCAUGUGAAUGGGGAAGGGCACGCGUGCCCUCAAUGCAAUUGGAGUGCUAGUUGCAACUAUAAUGGACUAUGCCGGUGUGAUGUCUGCCUCCCUCCUCCUUCUGCCCCUAUCCAACACCAACAGAGUGACUGAUAUGUACAUCUUUCUAACAUAGGAAUAGGAUGGUUAAUCAGCUCUCUGUAAUA